GAGAUUUCGACUCACGAGAACGACGCGUCCGAGAAUGCAGAGCGCGCGAAGAAGAAAUCGCCGCCCGGACAGCGACCCUUCGAAUGUCCCGUCUGUUACUCAGCGUUCAAGAAAAUGUCACAUCUCAACUCUCACGUGACAAUCCACUCUCAGGAGAAGCCCUACCAGUGUUCCAUAUGCAGUGCCAGGUUCCGCAGAAAGGAUUGCCUCGGCAGACAUCUCAACACCGUCCACUACAAUCGCGAAUAUCUGCAGGAGCCGUCUCCCCGGGAUGAGUCUGGCGACGUGGCCGAGCAGUCUGCUUUCUUCCAGAAUUUCGCAUCGUUCUUCACUCCUUCUGAAGACUGGAAGGAGGCGCUGCCGCUGACUGUUGAGAUCAACGCCGGAGAUUUUCCCGUGUGCUUGGAUACGGACAACAACUCGGACGCUGGCGAAGGGGUGACAGAAACUCAGGACGAGGAGCCUGAUCCCCCUAAGGACCAAAGGGAAGCAGCGAAAUUGUCAGUCUCUCAAAUGGGGUUCUAUGAAUGUGAAGUCUGUUAUCAAAUUUUCGCGAGGGAAUGCGGUCUCAGGACCCAUAUGGAAGUCCAUUCUGAAAUACGGCCAUUUGCGUGCCCACAUUGCAAAGAAAGAUUCCCUCACGAGGCUUCUUUAAUCGAACACUGUAGAAUGCAUAUUGAUCCUGCCAAGAAUGUCAUGAAGCCUCAGAAGUCGCCAUCUGAUCAGGAACACCCAGACACCAUAUCCGCGGAGCUGAGACGGUUCCAUAAAUUAGCUGCUGAAACCGUUGCCUCAUCCGAAAAGCUUUCACGGUGUGCUGUUAUUGCCAACAAAAACAUUGAGUUAAGUGCGGAUAAUAGCAAAUAUGUAGGUCCUGCUGAGGGUGUGGAAGGAUCUCAGAACGAGGGCACUGAUCUUACUGGAGAGGUAAAGAAUUUGCUAUCUCAACGAAGGCCUUAUGAAUGUCAGACUUGCCAUGCCAGUUUCAAGAUGAAACAUCAUCUCAAGUGCCAUAUGGUUGUUCAUUCUGACAUAAAGCUCUUUCAGUGUCCACAAUGCAGUAAAGCGUUCUCUUGGAAUCACACCUUAAAAAGACAUAUCAAAGUCCAUACUAAGAGUCCCAAGAAGCCCAGGAAAUCGCCGUCUGCUCAGAGACCAGAGAAGACCAUAAAGCAGGAGGAACCUAGACUCGCUCCUGAUGAGGAGCCUGAUUCCACACUUCCCAUCCUGACACUACAAGAUGCUGCCGCCGACGGAUUUAAGAUAUGUGAGGACGACCUGCUUAUGAAUAAAGCUCUGGAAGUGAAAGAAGAACCAAACGAGGACACCGGUAGGGGCAGACCUGCGAGGCAAUUUGCGAGGCAACGUGCGAAGCAAGUUGUGAAGCAAGGUGGAAGGCCCUUUGCAUGUGAUAUUUGUUUUUACAAGUUCAAAACUAGGCAGCAUCUCAAGAUCCAUACGACUGUCCACUCUAACGAUAGGCCCUACGCGUGCCAUCAAUGCAAGAAAGCGUUCUCCAGGAGGGCUUGCUUAAACAGACAUGCCAAAAUCCACCUCUAUAGUGAUCGGAAUCCUUAUAGGAGAUUCCCCUAUAAAUGUGAAAUCUGCGGAGCGCGAUUCCCUAAAUGGCAACGUCUCCAGAACCACUUGACAGGUCACGCCAAAAAGGACAAGAUAAGUUUGACCUGCGAGUUUUGUGAGAAAACAUUUCCUAAUACAAAUUCUCUGGGCAUCCACCAAGAAAUUCAAGAAAUUAGGAAAUGAAGAACAGAAGAGAGAAAGAAAGAAAAACAGCAUGAUAUGAAGUUUACUUUGGAAAUCUUUAUAUUUCUUUUUCUGUCAUAUGGUAUCCAUUUAGAAUAAUUACAUAGUACUGAUCAAUGUCUUAAAACUAUACCUAAAGUAAUAGGUCGACGAUUUUGUAUCUGUACAAGUUUAACAUUUUACGUUUAUUUUUGAGUUAGUGUGUUCAAAAACAUCACGUUUGUUAAUUUAAGUAAAGGAAGCAUUCUUUCUUCUACUUUUCAUAUAGUUGAACAUUAAAGAUUCAUGUAUAGGGAGAAAGGUAUCAAAAUGUAUCCAUGUAUUCAUUAUCCAGUGUUAGCUAAAGCAUGAUAUGUGUCAAGGAAUAAAAGAAUAAU